AUGGCAGACGCAGACUCCGCAUCCAACGCACCCAACGCACCCAACGCACCCACCGCCGAACAGGCAGCCCGCAUAGUCAUUUCCGCCGCCGCCAACGACCGGCCCGCUCUCGAGGAGUACUCCACGCUCCACGGCCAGGACAGCCUCUACACCGCCCGCGACGACGUUGGCCACUCCGUGCUGCACGCCAUCUGCGAGAAAGGGCACUACGAGCUCCUCGAAUGGCUCCUCCCGCCGCACGUCCCCUCUCCGCCGGGCCCGUCGCCCGCCAACGCCCCGCUCUUCUCCUCCUCGCUCUCGCCCACGCCUCACCUCACCCACGCCAUCCUCGACGCCCACACACCCGACCAGCGCUCUCCGCUGCAUUACGCCGCACGCAAGGGCCACCUGGAUGUAGCCAGGGCCCUCCUCGCGUACGCGUCUACGCGGCCAGCUGCUCUCGACCCAGCCACCUACUCGCGCAAGGAGGUGCCAAGAGCCGCGGCGCGAGCAGCGGAUGCUAUCGAGGGUCGCCAACACACGGCCGAGUCCGUCCUCCUACACAAGCGCACCGCCAGGAAUCGCCUCGCGCAGGAUGAGGCUGAGCUCGCUGGCCACACCGCUCUAGCUUCCUUCCUCGCGGAAAGACGCAUCAAGUCUUCUAACGAUCCAGAUGAACAGACUAGUGCUGGUGUCGCGGCGAGUCCUAGACCUAGACCCUCCCCUGAUACCCAGAAACAGGAGAAACGGUCGGAUACUGCGAUAGGCGAUGCUAUCGAAGCUAAUGAUCCUGUCGAUGAGGCUAAGGAGUUGAUGAGAUGA